AGAUAUAAGUUCCAUUCCAUUCCCUGAAGAAGCCUCAUUAAAUUCUCGCUAAACGCAGCACAAAGAAAAGAAAUUUAUCGCUAUUUGAAGAAAAUAUUAAUAAAGUCUUCUUUACAUCGCAAAGAAAAGAAAUAAAAGAAACUGAAAACAUCUUUAACGCAUCUGAAAACGUCUCGCGAAAUUCCAUUCUUGUUAAAUAAAUCAGUUAUAAAAAGCAAACGAUGAACACUCUACCAAAACUGCUAUUGAUCAUCAACCUGAUACACUCGAUAUACUGCGUAAAUCUCGACUUCACAUCUAAGUUCAAUGGCAAUGCGAAGCGGAAUGCGGACAAAUUCCCAUCGACGAGUAACAAAAUCUCAAAGUUGCGAUUGAUUUUAUUGAGCGAUUUGAAACAGAAUGAAAUUCAACAGCCAAUUGAUUCGUGCUGGUCAUCAUCACAGACGCUUAAAAUUACGGCAAAAAGUUGUCCUUGUAAUCAAAUCAAUUGUAAUGCACCGACGAAUGAUGCAAAACGAAGGGCAAUCAGUGCAACCUGCAUGCAGAUUUGCUGUGGAAACCGAUAUAAGAAAGCAUCAAUUAGAUCAUUAAGUGAGUCUCAGCUUCAGGAGUUGCGUAAAUUCUCUUUGAAAACAAAUUGUGAGAAAUCAAAUCAUACAAACUCGUUGGUGUUUGCAAGAAUUUAUGAGAAGUUUAAUGAGAAAAGUAUUUGUGCUGGGGUGUUAGUUCAUCAAAAGUUUCUCGUCACGACUGCCAUUUGUGUGUCGAACAAAAAACCUUCAGAUUUAAUUAUUAAAUUCGGAAGCGAUCAUAAAGAUGAAGUCAAAGACAUUUUUACGCAUCCAGAUUUUUACAAGACUAUGGACACUUUACAAGAUAACAUCGCACUGCUCAUGCUUGAGAGAGAAAUUUAUGAUGGCGAUCUUCCAUGCAUUAUAAAAUAUAAUGUGGAUGAUAGUCGAUGUCAUGUUUAUUCAUGGGCACCAUGGCGAUUUGCAAGAAUCUUUGAAAAUUCUAUGAAGGUCGAUAAUGUUGAAGUGUUUACGAGAGGUGAAUGUUACACAUCGCAUCUAAUCAGUGGCAAUCAUCAUGAGAAAUAUGUUAGCAAGGGGAAUAACAAUAUUUGUGUCGGAAACGUUAAUCGAUAUCAACUUGACAUUAACUUGAGUGGAUCCGCUUUAACAUGUCAUCAAAAUUAUCCAACCAAACCUACCGUUCUUAAAGGGCUUCUGACAUGGUCAACGGAAGUAAAUUACUAUCCACAUCUCUUCACUGACAUCACACAAUUUACCGAUUGGAUCGAACGAACUGUAAACGAAAAGUACCUUAACUCAAUUUAAUUAAUCAUUCAAUUAUGUAUUCGAAUUGUCCACUUUCAUUUUAUUAGAUUAGUUAAGUUAAUCUUACAUAUUUUUGUUAUUAUUUCUUUUUUCUUCUUUUUCAUUACAAAUAAAUAAUCUUUUUUUUGUGAAUUUUUCAUUUCCUUCUGUAUCUCAUUCUUGAACAAGUUUUCAAUUUAUGGUUUUUAAUUAUUUUCUUUAAUUGGUUUAAUUGGAAAUUUGAGAAAGGAAAAUUAUUUGAUCGACUAUAUUUACAAGCCCUAAUUGGAUUAAAGAAUUAUGCUGCAACAUUUCUUGUUUUUGUUUUUAAAUUAAUCUUGCAAAUGACGAUGAGAAAUUGAAUAUCUAAAAUUAUUCAAAUAAAUCUUUGUAUUCUGUUCUUUUGUUUAAUUUAAAUCUUUGCACAAGUCACUUAAAAGUUAGAAACUAAAACAACAUCAGAAUAUUUCUUGUUUAUUAUUUCCUUCCAUUUCCCUCAUUCUUCGAAAAGACGAUCAACAAACUUUUAUUACCAACCUUGAUGUUCCUUUUUAAUCAUUGAUCGAUGGUGUUUCAUUAUUGAGCAUAACAAAGCAAAACAUUUCUAAAGUUCUCAAACAAUUAAAUUAGAAAAAAAAGAGGAAUUUUCUUUGAAAUUGGCAAAUCAUUUUUUUUAUGAUUUAAAGCAAUCAUGAAAAGGAAAGAAAGGAGAAUGUUAAAAUGUUCAACAAAAUUGAAAAUAAAAAUCACAUUCGGAAGUAAUCAAAGCUUAAAAUAUCUAAAAGAAUUUCCCUAAAUUUUCAUUCACAUAAAAAAAUUAAAACUAAAGCGAAACAUAAAAAUUUAAACAUUGAACAGAUGCCAAAGAAACAAAUAAUUUUUUUUCAAUAAUUGAAAUUAUCCAUAGGCUAAAAAUUUUAUUUGAUCUGUGAUCUUUUAUGCUUUCGUCAAUUGAAAAUUAUUUCCAAAUUACUAAAGAAAAUGAAAGUUCUAACAAAGAUCACGAGAAAAAUUAAUUUUUAAUUUUUUAGGAAGAAAAAAAGAGAAGAAAGGUGGAAAAGAUCACUUAAAAUUGAUGAAAGAUAGUCUUUGAUUAAACAUAAAACAAUAUUUUUUAGAAAAACAUACAUACGGAUUGCGUGGGCGGAACAA